AUGAGUAGCGGUUAUUCAUCCACUCUUAAUUCGUCAUUGGCUUCAUCGGCGCUGGAUUUGUGCGAGGAGGAAAAGGAAGAUCUAAGUGAGAGUUAGUUGAUUUUUUAUUUUGAUUUGAAAAUUUAACAAAAAUGAGGUUUUUUGGGUUGGAAAAACUAAAUGAAAGCUAUCUGAAAUUUCAAAAAUUUAUUUUGAAAACGAAAAAAAAAUGAAAAUGAAAAUACUCCAAUUUUUGAGCACUUGAAAACUAUAAAACCUACAGAUUUCGGAAUUUUGAGAUGAAAAUAUGAAAAUCUGAAACAUAAAAAUGUUUUCGAGCCAAAAAUUCGAAAUUUCAGUUUGAAAAGUAAAAAAAAGAUUUGAAUCCUAAAUUUUUUCCUCUAUUUCAAAACCUGAAAUUAUAUCUCCUAAAUUUCACAUUUUUUUCAAGUUUCAAUUUUUUUCUCAAAAAAAGUCAUGUGUUUCCGGCUCAUAAAACUCUUGUUCUAGUUAGUUCUCUGAACUCUAAAAAGUUUUUUACUUUUUUUUUCAAAUCCAAAACCAACAUUUUCUAGGCUCGCGAAAACGCUCAAAAAACAAAAAGCUGAAAAAACGAGCAAAAGUGAUUGUUGCGAUUUCGGAAGAAGAAGAGAUUGAGAGUUCGAUUGGAGAAGAAAAAGAGGAUGAAAAAGAAGAAGAAGAACUUGAAGCAGAAGAUAAAAAUGGUGAGUUUUUUGUGGAAAGCAGAUUUUGAAAAAAAAUUCUAGGCUGGGAGUUUCAACAGCAGUUAUUUUUUAGUAGUAAAAAAUUUUAGAACUAAUUAGAAAUGAAUUACGAGCCAAGUUAUUUUUGAAAUUUUAGUCUGAAAAUUGUGUCUCAAAAUUAGGCCUCGAAGUUCAAGUUUCAAAUGAAAAAAUUUGUCGAAAUUCUCGAUAUUUUUGAAUUUCUUAAAAACUCAUCAAUUCCAAAAAAAAUAUUUUUUGAUUUUCCUUAGAAUUUGGUUUUGCACAAAUUUUAAAUAAAUAUUCCGCUGCUGAAAAAACGCCCAUCGAUUUUUUUCAAUAAAUAAAACUAUGGCAACUGAAAAUUUUCCAAACCUUCUCAGUUUUUUUCCAACUCAAAAAAUUGCGCGAGUGGAAAAUGAUUAAAAAUGAACUUUGAUGCCAACUUUUUAUACAUCUAAUUAUCUCACUUUUAUUCCAGAGAAAAAUUUCUUGUUUUUUUCCUGAAAUAAUUUAUUUCAUUUUAUUUUUAUGAUCCAUUGUCCUUUUUCAUUUUCUCAGUGAAAAUGAGCUUUUUUUAAAGAAAAAGUGGCUUUCUAGGAGCGGCUUCUUGAUAAUUAGACUAUCUAAGCUCGGCUACUUGACAAAUAGGUUUUGUAGGCUUGGCUCCUUGACAUAGAUUUUCUCAAGGCGCCGUGCCUAGCCACAGUGGCUCUCAAGGCUCGUCUCCUUGAGAGGCAAUUUUUCUUGAAAUUGAAAAAAGUUCCUGUUUUUUCUCAAAUAAUUUGUUUCAUUUCAUUUUAUGAUCCAUUGUCCUUUUCUCUUUUUUUCCUUUUUUUCCUCAACGAAAUUUUUGCAAAAUGAGCUUUUUUGUUGAAGAAAAAGAAAAAAAACUAAAAAAAAAAAGUUUUUUUUUCGAAAAUUUCUAGUUGUAUUCUAUUCAUUCUUUUGUUACACGCCUCAAAAAUCUGCUGCUGUCUUCAUGCGAAGAAAAAAAAUACAAAGAUAAUCAAAUUGUUUUGGCGGCUCCUAUUUUUUUUGCUUUCUGAUUAGCUUUGUGUUUUGUUUUCACACAGCCCAUCUAUAAUUCGCCUCCAAUUUUUUCCAUGAUAUUUAUCAAGUCCAAAAUAAUCCCAUGAGACAAUUCGAAAUGAGCCAACCAUUUUGUUUAUAGCCUUUUUUGAGAUGGAAAGAGAGAGUUUUUGUCUCUAUUUUUUUUUGGGUAGAAAAUUUUGGGAGGAAAUUAUUCGAUUUUUGCAGCCUAGGCUUAAGAAGGCUCAGGCUUCAGAAUUUGGUGGAUUUUUCAACAAAAAAAAAAUCAUAUUUAUCUCGAGCUGUGCUUUUCAACUUUGAAUUUCGGGUAUUGAAGUUUAGCCCGAUGUAAAAAACAGGAAAACUUCAUUUAAAAUUCUGAAUUUUGAUGUUUUGCAUGUAAAUUCCCAGUAAUUUUCCAGUCGCCAACGAAAAUUUGGAACUCAGAACCUUAAUUCUUUGAGCUUAAGGUUCUAAAGCUGGAGUCUCUUAAGUUUUUUAACAAGUUUAAAUUUUCAGUGCUUUGAUCCUUAAGGAUAAAGCUCCAGGACAACCUGUUGUUCUAAAGAUUGGCUUAACUUAAUUUUCUUGGCUUCUAGAGCCUUUCAGACUCAUUUUCCAACAAUUAAAUACAUUUGCAAUUAUCGAAAUGUAUCUCUUUUUAUUUAUUUCGUUUUUUCCUCUUCUUCCCAUUUUCCAGCUUCUUCUUCUUCCGUAAAUAUAUAUCAUUAUUCCUUCGUUCGUUUUUUCUCUUUCAAUUUUCCCUCCAUCUCCUCACACAUUCAUUUUCAUUUAAUCUCAUCCUUUUAUGCUCGAGGGAAUCUUCAAGUACUCAAUCUUUCCUUUUUUCUGAGAAGAAGACAAAAAUUGGAUUUUUUUCUCCCUUCAUCAUUCUCAUCUAGAAAUAAUGGCAAUACGAAUGAAUAAUACAAUUUCAAAAAUUGAAAAUGAAAAUAGAACUUUUUUGUUUUUGAUUUUGAUAACGCAAUGAGAUAAUCCAUCUUAGUUUUUUGUUGAAUUGCGUCAAAAAAUGUUGAUUUUUGGAAACAUUUGGAAUUUUUGAGUUUUCUGAAGCCGAAAAUCGAAAUUUUCGGGAUUUUUUGAGCUCUAGCUACAGUACUCGAAAUAUACUGUAGUCCUAAUUUUUAGCAUGUUGCGUUCCACACUAGAUUACAAUUAGGGUUACUGUAGAAAUUGCGCAAUAUUUUGAUCUUCUCCCAAAUCAGUACCGUACUUUUGGAGUACUGUAGGUUAUGGUUUUAGGUUCAGUGAAAAUUGAAGUGAAAUUCAAUUUUGUCUAGUUUUAAAAUCUGAAAAUAAAUAAAACGUUGCUUUAAUUUUUAAGAAAUGUUGUGAAAUUGAGAAAAAUACUGAUUUCGCAUUCAUAUUAGAAAAAUUCAAAAUUUUCUCGAAAAAAUGAAAUCUUCAAUUUUUCUUUCGCUGUUUAUCGAUUUCCAAAACAAUUUUUAAAAAUUGAUUUUUUUUCGGUCUCUUUUUAUAUUUGAAUAGUUUCUUCUUCGAAUAAUAUUUUUCGAUGAUUCAAUACAAAAAAUAAUUGCAGUGUUUACCUGAAAAUGCGGACGAAAAACCAAAAACAAAUUUUCCUUCUUCUUCUCCAUUUUGUUCAAAGGAAAAAAGAUACUCUAAAUAACAGCUGCUGUUGAUUUUAGUAUAACGUGUUUGUAGUAAUAACAAAAUAUGCACAUAAAUAAAUGAAACUUGAGAAGAUCAGCGCCAAAAAUUGAUUAUUGAAAAUAAUUUAUUUAUGAAUCAAUUUCUGAUUUGGGUUUUGAAACCUAAUAUUUUUGAUUAGCCUUUUUUUCUAUUGUCACCGCAUUUUGUGUCAUUUGUCAUUUUUUUUGCCCGCCUUGUCUUGAAAAAAUCAAAGAUUUUUUUCUCUUUACAAAAAGUGUGAGUAGAGUAUAAUAAUUUCCGUUUUUUUCCAGAGAGAAAGAACAAAUCCUCUUUUUUUUUUAAAAACGAUUUAGUCUCGACUAUACUAAAUUACUACCUUUUUUGCCUUCGAUUUAUUUUUUUUCUCGUUCCGAAAAUGGAGGCGCUUCAUAAUCCUCCUUUUUUCUCUUCUCGUUUUUUGCUGGCCACUUUUACUAAUCCUCCUAGAAAAAAUCUCUAACCCCACACCACCUCCCUGUGUUUUUUUUUCGUCGUAUUUUGAAUGAAAAUUUGAAUUGAAGAGAAUCUCGUCUUUUCUUUGUUGAUUUAUUUUUGGAGGAAUUUUAGUGUGUUCAAAAUUUUGCUCUCAAAUAAAUUAUUGAAGGAAUUUCAUGAUCCAUCUUGAAAUUUUGAGCCCAAAAAUUAGUAAUUUCGAGCUCAAAUUGCUCCAAAAUUUCCUGAAAAUUAUGAAGAUUUUGAGCCAAAAUAAACUCAAAAUUCUAAUUUUCACGAAAUUUCAAAAUUUCCAUAAAAAUUUUAUUUAGCUUAUUUUUAGGCUGGAAAUUCCCCAGAUUCCGAGAAGUUUGAAAAAAAAAAUCGUAUUUUAGGACCGAUACCACAAUUUAUAUAAUUUCUUCCCAAAUAUUUCAAACCCUCAACAAAUUCUCAAAUUUUUGCAGAUGAGAAACGAAUGUGUGGUCUGAGUGAUUUAGUAACAUCGUGUCUAUCAUCCUCAAAAUCCUCAAUAAUUCCAUCAUCUUCAUCCUCUUCAAUUUCUCGAAAUGAUCCCUUAAUUCUAUCGGAUCCAAAUGAAACUCCAACUUCAUCAACAUCUGCUUCAUCUGCUUCACAAUCCAAUAUUUUAUGCGGAAAAAAUAAGGAGAAAAAGAACACGAAUCCAUUUUUGAAAUCAAGUCAAUUCAGUGGAGUCGAACCGACGAUUCGAUUUUAUACGAAAGGAACAAAAGUGACGAAACCGGCGAGAAAAAUUGUGAAUCGAUUAACAUGGUGUCAUAAUAGUUUAUUGCCGGUUGUUAUGAGACAUACACUUGCUGCAAGUCAUUUUACGGUUAGUUGACUUUGAUUUUUUCAAACAAAAAAAAAUUCGAAGGAGCUAAAUUAUUUUCUAUAAAACGCCGGAACUUUUCAGAGGAUCCAGGUUUUGAUAAAAAAAAAUUAUGGAUAAUUAAAACCAAAUUUUUGGAGGAUAAAAUGAAUUAUAAAUUUCAGAAAAUGCUAAAAAUCAGGCUUCCCCUUAUUUUUGUUCAGAAAAAUCAGAUUUUUGAAAAUUUUAAUCAAAGAUUUCUAAUUCAUUUUCAAUGGAAAGAAGAGGCAAAAAAGCCUCAAUUCAGAUUUCAGAUUGUUGAAGAAUUUAGGCUUUAAAAAUUACAUUUUUUAAAUCAUAAAAUUUAAAAUUAUUCAAAACAAAAUAAAAUUUCCAAAAAACCUUCCCUCCCCAAAAAUCCCUCUUUUUUACAGAUUGUUGAUGAAUCAAUGUUCUACAUUGGAUAUUGGGGUCGACAUUUGAAAUCAAUCCAAUACAAAAGUCUUUCGCCCCAUCAAAAAAGUCAAUCAUUUUCCCGGCGCAUUUCAUAUUGGACGAAAAGAUCGAUUAUGGAUGCAUAUCAAAAAACAACAAGACAGAUUUGGUGAUGAAUUCGAUAUAAUGCCAUUCACUUAUUUGUUGCCAAAUGAUCGACAAGAAUUAUUGGAUUAUUUGGAUGAAGAUCCAGCAAGGCAUAUUAUUAUCAAACCGGUUCGUCCCUAUUUUUAAUUAGAGUCUGAGACCAAAUGUUGCUACUUGAUUGUCUCGAAAAUACCCAAACUUCACAGGCUACUGUAUCUCUUUGGACUACUGUAACAGAUGUGUUUUUCUUGAAAUUUAAAACUGAAAGGGUACUGUAGUCUCAGGGUUAUCCCGAAAAGAUUACUGUUCCCAAACUACUGUAGUUUCCUGUGAGUCAUUCCGAACUGCAAAGAUUACUGUAUCCCCCAAAACGAAUAGAAAUACUGUUUUUGUGCGAACUGCAAGGGAUACUGUAUUUCUUAGGAUAACUGCAACUAAAAUGAUGCUGUAAAUACUGUAAUCUCCUUUUGAACUGCAUAAGGUACUGUAACUCUCAAACUGCAAGUAUUACUGUAGUCUUUUAAGGAUUAUUUUGAACUUCAAGAAUUACUAUAAUUCUAAUUUUUCCAACUGCAAAGGUUACUGUAGCCAGUGGGGCUUCAUUUUUUCCAGAUUCCAAUAUUUAUAAAUCUAAAUUUUUUUCCAGCCUGCAUCUGCUAGAGGAACUGGAAUUCAAGUGACAAGAAAACAACGAGAUUUUCCUGCAACUUCUUCGCUUGUUGCGCAACAGUAAGAUUUUUUUAUUUAAAAAUUACAAUCAAAAAUCAUUGAAUUUUGUAGUUAUAUUGAACGACCGCUUACAAUAAAUAAAGCGAAAUUCGAUCUUCGUUUAUAUGCGUAUGUUCCAUCAUUAGAACCACUUCGAGUUUAUCUUUAUGAUCAAGGACUUGUUCGAUUUGCCAGUGUUCCAUAUUCUUCAUCGGUUUCAACAAUAUCCAAUAAAUAUAUGCAUCUCACAAAUUAUAGUAUCAAUAAAUUGGCUGAACAAGAUGGAGUUGCAAAUAAACCGGUGCCCAAAUGGACACUUACACAUUUAUGGGAGUAUUUUGAGAAAAAAGGAAUUGAUUCGACGAUUAUAAGGAAGAAUAUUGAGGAUGUUAUUAUUAAGGCGUUUAUUUCAUGUGAAAAACCGAUUAGAGAUCAUAUUGUCAAAUAUUUAGAGCAUGGGUAAGGAGAAUUUUGGGGAAACGGGGGUUUUAGGGGCAAAUUUUUAUCCCACAGUUUUCUCUUAGAUUUAAUCCAUGUGGCAAAUUCUGAAAUUUAUGAAAAAGUUCCGAAAAAAAUUUUUGCUCUGAAAAUUCUUGAAAUGUCUUCUCAUUGUCAUUUUUUCUGAGAAUUUUCAACACAAAUUUUUUUAAUUUCUAGAAAAAAACCGGGUUUAGAGGAAACAUACGCUACCUAUUUUUGUUCUGUAAUUUUUUCGAAUCUACCAUUUUUCUCUGGACCACCGAACUCUUCUCCCAAAUCUCCUGAUCUCUUGUUUCUCAGAUUCAUUUGCUACGAAUUGUUUGGAAUCGAUAUCUUAUUGGAUGAAAAUCUGAAACCGUGGCUUCUCGAAGUGAAUAUCUCACCAUCUUUACAUUCUGGAACUCCAUUAGAUGUUUCUGUGAAAGCACCAUUGGCGAAAGAUGUUCUAAAUAUUGCUGGAAUUCAUGUUCCUCCACAGUAAGUGUUUUUGGCGGUAAAUUUGUGUCAAAGUAUUCACAUCUUUAUUUUUGCAGCUAUAAUGAUUUGGAAGAUGCUGAUUACAGUACACGGCCAAGAAAUGGCUCGAAAUCGCGUGAACAAAUGAUAAAAGAAGCAUCUUGGGUUGCUGCUUAUCAAGAACAAUUGGGUGAAAUGGAUGAACGAAUAUUGAAAAGAUUGACACCGGAAGAUGUUCGAAUGUUGGUUGAAUUUGAAGAUGAAUUGACAAGAAUUGGAGAUUUUAAAUUGGUUUAUCCCACUGUUAAUACUUUACAUUAUCAAAGGUUUGUUGGGGGUUUGAAAAGAAAAAUGGAAAUUUUUAAUGAAAAAUGUUGUGUUUUAAAAAUUUCCAAAUCUCAAAUUCCCAACAUAAAAAUUACAGAUUUUUCGCCGAGCCUCUUUAUGCCAAUUUAAUGCUCCAACAAUGGCAAUUACAACAAGAAGAAGAUCGAAAAGUUGGAAUAAAUCGACUUGAAAUUCUUUGUCGACAAGGUUAUAUGCAAUCAGAUUAUAAAAAUUAG